AUGGCUAGCAAUCCUCGUCUCCUGCUCAACCCUAAACAGGCCCUCAAGACCAAGAAGCUGUCAGAGAGAGACCCCAUGAAUAACGAAUCUGCAACCGUCAUCAAAGAUGCGCCCUCGACUUCAUCUAUGGCUGGGCUCAACCGUCAAACCGGCAUGCCUGGGAUGUAUGACCACCGGGCGCUUUUGAACCCUCGUGUGCCAAGGAAAGAAGUUGUGCCAAAGCAAAUGUCAACAUUUGAGCCUCAGUUUCCCGUAGAUCGCUCUCUUGCUGCACCAGAAUCUUCUAGACUGAUCUCCAAGGGGGAAGCAGUUGGUCCCAAAUCCAUGCUCGAAGGCGUUUACGGAGUUGAACGUCGUACCGACUACCCACAGAAGAAAGUGAAGAUCACGAAAGACCCUAAUGACGACAUCGCCAAAUCUCAGUAUGGAAACACGCGCCAUCAUAGUAAUGGAAUCGUGGGAAACUACAUGCGACCUGACCCAGAGAAAGCCGCCGACGCUACCAAGCUGAGCUCGCUUGUAGAUCUGACCAAUACCGACGAUGAUCAAGACGACGAAGACAUCCAAGUCAUUACCUCCAACUUCGACCAACAAGUCUGCUAUGGCCACUUUAACACGGUGGUAUAUGCUCACUGCAUUCCAAAGCCCAGGGGAGAAUCGAUGUUCCAAAACGGGAACGAAUGGCCAGUGAUGAAAUGCACACUACGUCGACUACCAGCUGACAACACUGUCAUUGACGUUCUUGAUCCUCACGGAAUAGCGUUUGGUAAAGUGAACGGUGACUUGGCUUCCGCUUUGGCACCUGCUAUGGACAGCCUGCGAGGUUUCAGGACUCAAGCUCGACUAACCAAUCGACGUAAACAGCCCGAUGAAUGGCCCCAUCGACCAUGUUCUGACUCAUUGCGCAUGAUUCUGAACCUAUAUGGUAGACGUGGCGAUGUCGAAAAGGUUGGGAAACACUUUGGACGAUAUAACUUCUGGCUACGGGCACCUAUGGCUCCUGAACCCGGUUAUCCAAUUGUCAACCCACACGCCCAAAAGAAUCUUCCCCUUCCCAAGGUCCGUGGUGAGAACACCGGUCGAGCUCUUCCCGAAGCGAGAACCCUUGAGGAAGCAUCGUAUGAAGUAUCCAAACUCUUUGAUUCUUUUGCCAAUGAAGCGAAAAUCUUAGCCGAUACAGAACCUCCCUCUACGGUCAUCACGACUCCGCUUCUUCCUCACCAAAAGCAAGCCCUCACUUUUAUGCUGCAGCAUGAGCAGCGGCGGACAUUUGGGAAGGAGGAGUCCGAGAAUUCUUCAUUGUGGCGUCAGAAAAAGCGUGGCAAUGGAGACAUAAUCUAUCGUGAGGUCGUGACUGGGAUCUCAGUCAAAGAGGAGCCUCCUCAAGUAUUGGGUGGACUGUUGGCAGACGUGAUGGGCUUGGGAAAGACACUUGAGGCGUUGAGUCUCGUGGGAAGCACAUUGCAAGAAGCAGAACAAUUCGGUCUCGGGGGAGUUGUUCGAUCUGAUGAAACUGCCAGUACCAUUCUUGCCAACAAUAAAGCUACCCUCAUUGUCUGCCCGACCAGCACGGUCAAGAAUUGGGAGGAUCAGAUUUCACAGCACGUUCGAUCAGGAAGUAUGAAUUUCUACGUUCACCAUGGACCCAACCGCGAAAAGAACCCAUAUGCUCUGACAAAAUACGAAGUGAUCAUCACCACCUACGGAGUCAUCGCGUCUGAGUUCAGUGGUCGAGCAGCCACUAACGGGAGUCCUCUCCGACGGUUGAAAUGGUUCCGGAUCAUCCUUGACGAGGCACAUACCAUUCGGGAACAAAAAGCCCAGCAAUCGCAAGCUAUCUAUAGUAUAGAUGCAGAACGACGAUGGUGCUUGACCGGAACUCCCAUCCAAAAUCGUCUUGACGAUUUGGGGUCGUUGACGCGCUAUCUACGAUUAUACCCUUACGAUACUGCAGCACGGUUCAACCAGUACAUUCGUGGUCCUGCACAAGCUGGUGAUGCAUCGUUCCUGAAAGCCCUUCGAGUAUUCGUCGACUCUUUCACACUCCGCCGUUUGAGGGACCGUAUUGAUUUGCCAAAAAGAAACGAUUAUGUCGAUCUGUUGAAGUUUUCCGAAGAGGAGAAACAGCUCCAUGACUUCUUCAAAGAACUCUCACAUAUCCAGAUUAAGGAACUGGCACGAACCAAGCAGAAGAACAGUGGAGUUCAACACCACGUGCUUCGCGGAAUCAUGACCUUGAGAUUGAUUUGCGCACAUGGCAGAGAGCUCCUCAAGGAAAAGGACCUGGAAAGACUCAAGGGACUCAGUGCCACAGAGGCAAUUGAUGUGGAUGAGGAUGAAAUGGUGAGCACCAUAACUGGGAAAGCAGCGUACGAAACUUUGACUUUAAUGGCCGAAGCGGGCUGGGACGUAUGCCGCAACUGUGCAAAGAAGAUCAGCAGCGAAAACAAUCAAGGUGCGGUGGAAGACGAAGACGGGGUUCGGUGUUACGUCUUGCCCUGUUAUGAUCUCAUCUGUGCCGACUGUUUUGCUCCUGAAAAGGCGUCUUUCGAUGGAGUUCCCGACGAGCAGGCAGUUUCAUGCCCUUGGUGCUCAGCAGUCAUUGCCGCGCAAUACGUUGGAUUUAGUGGAGCAACGGCGCAAGAGAUCAAAAUCGCACCUGAUGACACAAUGGCAGAAGCUGACAGUGAGGAAGAUGACAAAACAGCACGCGCCGCGUACAAAGGCCCUCAUACAAAGACUCGAGCUCUCCUUGCGGACAUUGCAGCCAUGAAGGAAGAAAGUGAGCCCCUAGUGGCAGCUGGAGAACGACCAUUGAAAUGCGUCGUCUUCUCCGAAUUUACCUCUCACCUCGAUUUGAUCGAGAGGGCACUGAGUGAUCAGGGUCACAGGUUCGUUCGCAUUGAUGGAAAGAUGUCACUCAACAAUCGAAAGAAAUCUCUCGAUGCGCUUGCUUCAGACGAUAACAUCACAAUUUUGCUGGCUUCAAUCAAGGCUGCAGGUCAAGGACUCAAUCUCACAGCUGCUUCGAGGGCCUUCAUCAUGGAGCCGAUGUGGAACCCAGCGGCUGAGGCGCAGGCCGUAGACCGAAUUUACCGCAUUGGACAGAAGCGUCCUGUUGUUGUGAAGCGAUAUCAGAUGGAAGACAGCAUUGAGCGAAAGAUCGUGGAGUUGCAAAAGCGCAAACAAGAACUUGCAGAUGUCUCGAUGAAUCAAAAUCACAAGCAAUUGAGCAAGCAGGACGUUAGAGAGCAGCACUAUAAGGAAAUCCUGGCAUUAUUCAAAUGA